GAACAGCAGGUGGCGGUAUGCUACCCGCCAUUGGAAGGAAAGAAAUCCCCAGAUCCUUUGCGAACAUAUUCUCAACAUGGCGGCGUUUCCCGGAGUGAAAAUAGCAACUUUAAAACACGUCCAGCAGGUGUCAGCAGAGAGUCAACAAGCGAUUCCCUCCAAGCCGCAGAAGUGGAGCUCCAAAGUGGGGCAGAGGGAGCCAGAGCCGCCCCACAUUAAAGAGGAAGAGGAGGAACAGCAACUUCAGGGGUUGAUGGAGGCUGAUGAUGAAGAGGAAACUCAGUCGUAUCAGCUUUAUCACAGUCAAAGUGAGAUAAACGGAGGGGCGGAACUUCUAACUCAACACAUAACAGAGGACGAUGGAGAGCAGCUUCACAUUAAAGAGGAAGAGGAAACUGAUGAAGAUGAAAGUCAGUCGUCACAUUGUCUUCACAGUCGAAGUGAGACAAACAGAGGGGCGGAGCUUAUAACUCAACACAUAGCAGCUGAUGGGAAGCUGCGCCACUUUAAAGAGGAAGAGGAGGAACACCAACUUCAAAGGUUGACGGAGGCUGAUGAUGAAGAUGGAGCUCAGUCCUCCCAGCUUGGUCACAGUCAAAGUGAGGAGAGCAAAGGGGCAGAGCUUCUAACUCAACACAUCACAGAAGGCGAUGGAGAGCAAGGUGAAGAUAUAAACUCAGAACCAGACAACAUCUACGCUCCACUGUCAGACAUGGACGACAUGUCAGACUCUUCUGAGAGCGAUCACAGUGACGACGUCUCAAAACCUUUGGAGAGUAAGAAGAAUUCGAAGGCUAAAACAAGACGUCGUACUAUCAACAAACACUUUGACUGCCCUGAAUGUGGCAAAUCUUUUGGACGAAGGAGUAAUUUGAAAACCCACAUGAGAACGCACACCGGAGAGAAACCCUUCGCUUGCGCUUUUUGUGCGAAAGGUUUCUCCCUCAAGCAUCACAUGAUCAUACACAUGAGAACGCACACUGGAGAGAAACCUUUUGCUUGCACAGUUUGUUCUAAAACAUUCUGCUCUGCGGACCACAUGAAAAGGCACAUGAUAAUACAUACAAGAGAGUCAUCCUAUCCAUGUUCAUCUUGUGGUAAAAUAUUCACAUGUAAAAAAAGCAUGUUGUUGCACAUGCGAACACACGGUACUGAGAAACUCUUUACAUGCUCCGUUUGCUGUAAGAUUUUCACCAGAAAGCAAAAUAUGAACAAACACAUGAGGUCACACUUUGAGGAAGAGAAAUUUGUGUGCACGUUCUGCCCUGAAAGAUUCACAAAUAAAACAGCUGUCGUGAUACACAUGAAAACGCACUCCAGGGAGAAACCGUUCGGUUGCAUUGUGUGCAAUAAAAGGUUUACAUGUCAUUAUAAUGUCAGCAGACACAAGUGUGCGACCGUCAUGGAAGCUGCAAGGACUUAAAUACACACUCUGUUACUCUGCUAAAUCUAUUAUAAAUACACAGCAUGUUUAUUAGGCAGUUAUAAUUAGACCUUCGUGUGGUGUUGUGUGAUUUUUCUGGUAAAAAAACAAAACGGAAUUUUGGCUUUGGGGCCGAACAAUCACUUAGAAUAUUCAGUUCGGUACACAAAUUAUUUAGGUCAGGGAUGUCCAAAGUGUGGCCCGGGGGCCAUUCGCGGCCCGCAUCACAAGUUUUUUUGGUCCGCGGCAUGUUGUUGAAAUAAAAUCAGACAAAUAACAGUAAAAAUGUAAGCAUAAUAAGCAAUUAUGGUAGGUAAUUUUAAUACUAAUGUUAAUACAAAGCAAAUACAUUGUUUUGUCUGUAAAUGUAGUUUGUUAUAGAUUUAUUUUAUUUUAAUUUUUACAAAAUAAAAUAUCAAAAUGGCCCCCCGGCCCUUUGUGGAAAAAGUUUGGACACCCCUGAUUUGGGUGGACAUGGGCACUAUCGGAGCCAGGAGCAUUUGAAAUAUUUAACAGAUGUUUAUAUUUUGAAGGCGCAAUACAUUGUAGUGUCACUGGCCCUUUUAAACAGCAUGCAGGCUAUAUAGCCAUGAAUAUAACUUGUUUAUCAUGUCUUGCGUUUGUUUACUGUGAUGGUCACUUGUCGGUUACUUAAUUGCUAACUCUCAGUGUUCCCAAGUAACGCCAACACUUAACUAAAAUGUUGUGUCAUCUCAUUCUUAACACAAUACCAUUAUUAAAUGCAGUUUGUAAAGUGACCUCAUUGUGUUGUUGUAGAAGAACAAUGCUUGUUUAUUUGAUAUAAUUUUCAUUGGCCCAACUGCUAUUUGCAUCUUGAAUCGACAUUAAAGAGUGAACACUUGGUUUUUCCACA